AUGCACACAGUUCUUGUUCACAUAGAAUGGGAGAAGUUCACAAAAGUUUACUCUGGUGCAGUUUGGACACAGAAGGCAGGAUACAAGAACUUCCCAGUGCCUCCAAAUUAUGACCACAUUGAGGUGCCCACUGAGAGACAGAGGCUCAAGUUCUACCAGAAGGUGCCACAGUAUCCAGGCAAUGUUCGGCCGCCCAAGAUGACCAAGAGGCUCGACCUGAUCCGAGGCGAGGAGGAGAUUCACCGCGACCUACUGCUCAAACAAUACGGCAUCGUUGCCAGGAGAGGAGGAAUGCUUCGCCACGGCCACCUGGAGAUGAUCCGAAUGACCAUUGCAAGGAAGAUCAACAUGAGUAAGAUGUUUGCCAUAUGGCGGAUUGAUGCCCCCUGGAAGCCCAUCACCAAGAAGGGGCAGGGCAAGCGGAUGGGCGGGGGGAAGGGCUCCAUUGACCACUACGUCACCCCCAUCAAGGCAGAGCGUGUCAUCAUUGAGGUCGGCGGCAAGUUGAGCCAUGAGACACUUGUGGCAAGAAGGGAGCAGGAGGAGAAGCUGGAGAGAGAGAACCUGAACAGAUACACCUUCAAGUACCUCAUCCAGAAUAACAUGAUGGGUUGCCACUCUUGGGUGAAGAAUAUUGACAAGAUCUACUAUGGGAAGUACACAUAA